AUGAGGCAAUCAGCACUCCGCGCUGUGCGAACAGCCUUUAACAGCUCUCAGGCCCGAGCCUAUUCCCAGGCCACCUCGACCCCUCGCCAUCUCAUGUCCAUAAGCGACCUCACGCCUGCCGAGUUUGCUACUCUCGUUCGUAAUGCUGCCGCUCACAAGAAGGCCGUCAAGGCCACUGGCGAGGCGCCCAAGUCUCUGGCCGGCGGUCUCACGGGAAAGACGGUCGCCAUGAUGUUCAGCAAGAGGAGCACGAGGACCCGCGUCUCCACAGAGGCUGCCGUCAACGAGUCCCUGUACGACACAUCCAAGGUCAUCUCGUCCAUGACCUCGUGCAUGGUCGCCCGUGUCGGCCCGCACUCCGACGUCGCCGACUUGGCCAAGGACUCGAGCGUCCCCGUCAUUAACGCCCUGUCCGACGACUUUCAUCCGCUGCAGAUCAUCGCCGACUUCACCACGCUGCACGAGACCUUCCCGGCCGCCGCCUCGACCGACAAGGCCAGCCUCGGCCUCGAGGGCCUCAAGGUCGCCUGGAUCGGCGACUCCAACAACGUCCUGUUCGACCUCGCCAUUGGCUGCGUCAAGAUGGGCGUCGAUAUUUCUGUCGCCUCGCCCGCCGGCUACGGCAUCCCCAACGUCAUGAAGCAGCUCAUUCACUCGUCCGCCGACGGCGUCGCCUCCCCCGGCAAGCUGACCGAGACAACGGUCCCCGAGGAGGCCAUCAAGGGUGCCGAUGUCCUCGUCACCGACACGUGGGUGUCCAUGGGCCAGGAGCAGGAGGCGCAGAAGAGGCUGAAGGCCUUUGCCGGGUACCAGAUCACCAAUGAUCUCGCCAAGCGCGGCGGCGCCAAGGACCACUGGAAGUUCAUGCACUGCCUGCCCCGCCACCCGGAGGAGGUGGCCGACGAGGUCUUCUACAGCCCGAGGUCGCUCGUCUUCCCCGAGGCCGAGAACCGCCUGUGGGCAGCUGUUGCCGCCCUCGAGGGUUUCGUCGUGCAGAAGGGUAAGAUCUAA